UUCGCUCUCACCCAAAAUGAAAGUUCCAGCUAGCACUGCUUCCACAACUUUCGUAGCAUGAAUCCUCAUAAUCUGCAAUCAUGUUUAUCCUCACCACCCUCGAAGACCUAGUCCAGCUCAAACCAAGCGUCCUAGGGCUCUCCUCUGAGAAAUCUGUCAAAGACGCUAUCAACGCUAAAUACUCGAACAAGGUCAUCUAUGAUAUAGGACUAUGCAUUUGCGUGUGGGAUCUGAUGGGCGCUUCCGACGGCAUGAUUGGUCACGGGACAGGACUUAUUAACGUGACUGUUGAAUUUCGAAUGCUGGUAUUUCGGCCAUUUCGUGGCGAGAUCUUGUCGGGCAAAAUCAAGCAUUCAGAUCAAGAUGGCAUUACCAUGGACCUGGACUUCACCUCUGAAGUCUACAUCCCCGCCGAGAACCUUCCCCCAAACUCGACAUUCUCGCGCGCCGAGGGCGUCUGGGUCUGGAAAACGGAAGACGGAACAGAACUAUUUUUCGACAAGGGAGAGCCAGCGCUAUUCCGAGUAGAGAGCGAGCAGUGGGAGGAUCAGAAGCCUGGGGUAGUGAGGAGGGAUCCUGAGACUGGGCAUGUGGUGCAUGAAAGGGGGAGUGCUUGGACAGUUAUCGGAUCGAUGGCGAUACCUGGUCUUGGGCCGACACUGUGGUGGGCAGAGCAGGAUGGAGAAGAUGAAGAAGAUGAUGGCGAAGUAAUGGGUGAUGUGGACGAAUGAACGAAAUUUCAAAAAAGAAAGUAGAGUACAGACGUCUCUCGGACAACGUUGUAUAUACUCUCCGCAUUUCAUGCCAAAGUCUUACAUUCCAAAA